AAGGAUGAUCGUGUGGGUGGGGAAGCACAGACGAUACGAGAAAUGCAGAAGAGGAAGUAACUGCUAGCAGUCGCCAUUAUGUUGACAGAUUAUAUGACCCUGAUCCCCAGAAAGUCCUGCAAGGUGUCAUAGAUAUGAAAAAUGCUGUAAUUGGAAACAACAAACAAAAAGCGAACUUGAUUGUUUUGGGAGCGGUUCCAAGGUUGCUGUAUUUGCUUCAGCAAGAAACCUCCAGUACGGAGCUGAGAACUGAGUGUGCAGUAGUGCUAGGAAGCCUUGCGAUGGGUACAGAAAACAAUGUCAAGUCUCUAUUAGACUGCCAUAUUAUCCCAGCCUUAUUGCAAGGAUUGCUGUCACCAGAACUGAAGUUUAUUGAAGCUUGCCUCCGAUGUCUUCGUACCAUUUUCACCAGCCCAGUAACUCCAGAGGAACUAUUGUAUGCAGAUGCUACAGUUAUCCCCCACCUCAUGGCACUGCUUAGUAGGUCUCGAUAUACACAAGAAUACAUAUGUCAGAUCUUCUCACAUUGCUGCAAACUUCGACACUGGCAUAGCUGCGGCUUUAAAUCAUCGCCUCAGCCACUUCUCUGUGCCAAUGGUCCAGAUCAUCAGACAAUAUUGUUUAACCAUGGAGCAGUUCAGAAUAUUGCUCACCUAUUAAGUUCCACGUCCUACAAAGUUCGAAUGCAAGCAUUGAAAUGCUUCUCAGUUCUAGCCUUUGAGAACCCCCAGGUAUCAAUGACUCUUGUAAAUGUUUUGGUUGAUGGAGAAUUAUUACCACAGAUUUUUGUGAAGAUGUUACAAAGGGACAAGCCUAUUGAAAUGCAGCUCACAUCAGCCAAAUGCCUUACUUACAUGUGCAGAGCAGGAGCAAUCCGGACAGAUGAUAACUGCAUUAUUUUAAAGACACUGCCAACUUUGGUUCGGAUGUGUAAUAAGGAGAGAUUGCUGGAGGAGCGAGUAGAAGGAGCCGAAACACUUGCCUAUCUGAUUGAAACAGAUGUUGAGCUUCAGAGAAUCGCCAGUAUUACCGACCAUCUUAUUGCAAUGCUUUCUGACUACUUCAAGUAUCCCAGCUCAGUCAGUGCAAUCACUGAUAUCAAAAGGCUUGACCAUGACUUAAAGCAUGCUCACGAACUGCGCCAGGCUGCAUUCAAGCUGUAUGCUUCACUUGGAGCAAACGAUGAAGACAUCCGGAAGAAGAUCAUUGAGACUGAAAACAUGAUGGACCGAAUUGUGAAUGGCUUGUCUGAGUCUAGUAUCAAGGUGCGGCUAUCUGCAGUCAGAUGUUUGCACAGUUUGUCCCGGUCAGUGCAGCAGCUACGGACAAGUUUCCAGGAUCAUGCAGUAUGGAAACCCUUAAUGAAGGUUUUACAGAAUGCUCCAGAUGAAGUCCUGGUGGUAGCAUCUUCCACACUAUGCAACCUUCUCCUUGAAUUCUCUCCAAGCAAAGAGCCUAUUUUAGAAUCAGGAGCUAUAGAACUUCUAUGUAGUUUAACCCAGAGUGAAAAUCUUGCUUUGCGAGUGAAUGGCAUUUGGGCUUUAAUGAAUAUGGCAUUUCAAGCAGAACAAAAGAUCAAAGCAGACAUCUUACGAGGUUUGAGUACGGAGCAGUUAUUCCAGUUACUCUCUGAUUCAGAUGUAAACGUUCUAAUGAAAACAUUGGGACUACUCAGAAAUCUUUUGUCUACUCGCCCGCAUAUAGACCAGAUCAUGAGCACCCAUGGAAAGCAAAUCAUGCAAGCAGUGACUCUUAUUCUGGAAGGGGAGCACAAUAUCGAGGUCAAGGAGCAGACAUUAUGUAUACUUGCCAACAUAGCUGAUGGAACGACAGCAAAAGAACUCAUUAUGACCAAUGAUGACAUCUUGCAGAAAAUUAAGUAUUACAUGAGUCAUUCGAAUGCUAAACUUCAGCUUGCUGCCAUGUUUUGCAUAUCUAAUCUCAUAUGGAAUGAAGAAGAAGGUUCACAAGAACGCCAAGAUAAACUACGAGAUAUUGGAAUAGUAGAUAUCUUACACAAACUGAGUCAAUCAUCAGAUCCAAACCUUUGUGACAAGGCGAAGACAGCACUCCAGCAGUAUCUUGCAUGAUAAAAGACUAAGUGACUCUUUGGACACCCCUCGUGUGUUUAAGGACUAACAGGAAAUAGCCUCAACUGAUUCCUUAUAUUUGCACAAGUCACCUUGGGCUGCAUUUCUCUCAGGUGCAGGGAGCUGCUUUGCAGAAACAGUUUAGGUGAUCAGGUCUCCAAUGCACUUGAACUUUUUUGAGGUAGUUCUUUACUCAGAGGACUAUUGUGGGGGGAGGAGGAGGUUGUUUUGUUUUGUUUUGUUUUUCCUGAGCUACCUGGACUCACUAAUAGAACAAUCAAUCAUCUUUUUCUUUUGGGCCUACAGUUUUCUGCUUUUGCUGCAGCCUGUGUGUGUGUUUGGGUGUAUGUGUGUGGGUGUGAUACCUCAGAAUUUUGUUUUUCCUUUUUUGUGUGUGAAAAAUUUUUUCUACACAUUUUCAAGGGUUAACCAUUGUUUGCUGUAUGAAUACUUUAAUGAAUUAUAUACAGUUUGAAUGAAAUGUUAUUUAAAAACACACUGUAUCCCAUAAAGUUUAUUUUGAAUUUUGAACAGAUGAAUGUUUUUAAGUAAAACAUAUGCAUUUCUGAA